UUUCCUACGACGUGUUUUAAUCGCUGACACCGGAAAUAGAAAGAAAAUCAGGAUUUCUUUGUUUGAUCAAUUUAAAUUACCUAGAUGUCGCUGGCUUUUGUUCCCCCGCAACAGAAAGGACCUAAGGGUCCUCCUCCGAACCAAGCUAGUAUUCAGAAGAUGCUGGAUGAAAACAGCCAGCUGAUCCAGACAAUUUCAGAAUACCAGAGUAGAGGAAAAGCAUCAGAAUGUGUUCAGUAUCAACAAAUGUUACACAGGAACCUUGUAUAUCUGGCAACUCUAGCAGAUGCUAACCAAAAUGUCCAGUCUCUCUUACCUGCCCCAAAUCAGGGCCCCCAGGGGUCUUCAUCAAACCCCCAGAUGAGCCAGAUGCGAUCACCAUCAAACAUGCCUCCGAAUCAGAUGAACCAAGGUCGCAUGAAUCCAAUGAGUGCACCCACGUCUCAGCAGUAUUCCCCAAUGGGAGCCCCACACCAACAAACAAUGGCUGGUGGGGGCUACUCACAGGGGUCACAGCAACAAUACGGGGAGUCCUCGGGUCACGAGACUGGAAUGAACCAAACGUCUUACAGCCAGCCAAUGGGUAACCAAGGACAGAUGAAUAAUCCAUCAUACACUCAACAACAAGGAAAUCAGAAUUUCCCAAAUCAGCAGACCCCAAUGUCACAAAAUCAGCCAGCUCAAGGUAUGAUGCCACAACAGAAUCAGCAAAUGAUGUCACAACAGGCAAACCCGCCACCAGUACCGCAAGGCCAACCUAUGAUGUCACAAAAUCAAACAGCAUCACAGCCCAAUCAGCCAAUGAUGUCACAAAGUAAUGCUGCAAUAUCACAGAGUCAGACAUCUAUGGCUCAGAGUCAGCCAAUGUCAUCAGGGCAACCAAUGAUGACGCAAAGUCAACCAAUGAUGUCACAAAAUCAACCAAUGAUGUCACAAAAUCAGCCUAUGAUGUCACAAAAUCAACCAAUGAUGUCACAAAAUCAGCCUAUGAUGUCACAAAAUCAGCCAAUGAUUUCACAGAAUCAGCAAAUGAUGCCGCAGAACCCAUCCAUGAUGUCAGGUUCUCAAGGUGGCAGUCAGAUGAUGGGAUCUGGGCAGAUGAGACAGCCGGGUCAAGGAAUGUUUAAGAGGCCCCAGAUGCAAGGUCAACAACCUUAUAGUGGAGGACCAGUCGGUAACUAUCCUAACCAAGGUCAAUAUGGUGGACAGGGUAACUAUGGUCCAGGAGGUCAAGGUCAGGGAGGGUUUCCUCAAGGUCAAGGAUAUAAUCAGAACAUGGGUCAGCAACAGUACGGGCAGUAUCCAGGUCAGCAAAGAUUCGCUUACAAUCGUCCACCUGGAAAUGUGAAUCAAGGGCCUAUGCAAGCUGGUCCAAUGCAAGGUGGUGGUGGUCAAAUGGGUCAGAUGGGUGGUCCAAUGCAAGGGUCACAAGGUCAGGGACAGAUGGGAGGUCAGAUGUCAGGUCAAGGUCAGAUGAUGCCACAGAUGCAGGGAUCUGGUAUGAUGGGAAACCAGAUGCAAGGUCAGAUGGGAACCAUGGGCGGACCUAUGCCAAACCAGGGGUCAAUGGGAGGUCAGAUGCCAAAUCAGUCUAUGGGAGGUCACAUGCAGGGUCAGCCAAUGGGAGGACAGAUGCAAGGUCAGCCGUCUGGAGGUCAGAUGUCCAGUCAGCCGACAUCAGGCAAUUAGUAGAAAGCAACAUGGAAAAGAAGCUACAAAAAAUCUUUUAUGUUGGUUAGAGAUCAUGAUUUAUGAGUCGACAUGUUUAAUUCUGAAAUCUAGCUUUUGUUGCUUAAAGUUAUCAAGUGAAAGUAAUCUUUUGAGACAACCAUUUCAGUGCUUUUAGUUUAAAAGCCAUAUGUUAUAUUCAUAUGAGCCGUGCCAUGAGAAAACCAACAUAGUGGGUUUGCGACCAGCAUGGAUCCAGACCAGCCUGCGCAUCCGCGCAGUCUGGUCAGGAUCCAUGCUGUUCGCUUUCAAAGACUGUUGUUAUUAGAGAAACCAUUAGCGAACAGCAUGGAUCCUGACCAGACUGCGCGGAUGCGCAGGCUGGUCUGGAUCCAUGCUGGUCGCAAACCCACUAUGUUGGUUUUCUCAUGGUGCGGCUCAUAUAUAGAUACUAGUUUAACAUAAAUGUAAUAUUUGUUAUGCUAUGAGCACCUUGUAUAUAAAUUAUGUAUUUGUCAUGUAUAUAGGACAUAGACUUAGUGAACAAGAAUCAUGCUUAAAAGCAGUAGAUUAUCAUUCACCCAUUAGCCUUACAUGCUACUAAAUUGGUCAUUUUUAUAUCAAACAUAUUUCUGCUCUUAUUAAAUGUACUUUAUGUCUUCAGUUUAUUGGAAGAAUUUAAACCCUGCAGAAUGACGAGAGACGGAAGUUCUUGAUAUUUAAAUAUUAACCUAUAGCCUGCUGGUGGCAAGUUAUUCUGCCUUUGCGUGCAGGCUGAUCAUUGUCUGCACGGUUUGCUAUUCAGUCAGUAAAUUUUCAGUGAACACCCCUUUGAAUUAUAAGUUGUACUACCCAAAUUGAAUGAUGGACCAGUCCAUUUUAGAAAUUUAGCAGGCUAAAAGUUAAGAAAUCAGGUGUUUACUUUUGAAGUUACCUUCCAUAGAAUUGCAAGCCUUCAUAUCUUUAAUUUACGAUUUCAGACUAUGCAAAUAGCAAUUGCUAUAUUUAAAUUCCAUUUUGCAACUUUGUAAUCACUGAUUUUUCGUGGAAUACCGAAACCCAUCAUUUUUUAGAAUGUGAAAUUGAAAGUAUAGUAUUUUCGUUUUUCCCAUAUGUUAAAAAAUCUGCAGAUGUAAACAAUCAAUAAAGGUGACCCCAAGUAGUAGUUCUGAUAUUUCUGUAAGCUUAUUUGACUGUAACAUGUAUGUUUUGGUUUACAAAGUGUUAUUUAUUUUUCCGCAUAAUCUUUAAUUGUUUCUGCCUAGGUUUCUUAUGGCCCAACAUUUGACAUCGUUUACAACCGGAAAUAGAUGUCUGCGCAUCUGUUGAAGUUAACUGUGCUUUUUUAUGCCCCCGGCAUCUACUGAUGCAGGAGGCAUAUAGUGAUUGUCCUGUCCUGUCCAUCCGUCCAUACGAGGUUAACCAAAUGGGACUGUUUCGUCUAGCAUCAAUACCCCUUACUAGAAUGACUUGAUACUAAUGCAGAUGUAACCUGUGACCAUUCCUCAUCUUCAGACAUCACCUGACCACAGUUUGACCUUGACCUUGUUUUGGACUUUGGUUGCUUUGUAUGGGCUAUCUCUUGGUUAACCAAAUGUGACCGUUUCGUCUAGCAUCAAUACCGCUUACAAGAAUGAAUUGAUACUAAUACAGGUGUAACCUGUGACCAUUCCUCAUCUUCAAACAUCACCUGAAUUCAGUUUGACCUUGACCUUGACCUUGUUUUGGAAAAUCUUUCGACAAGGAUGCCACCAGGGGCAUCAAGCGUUUAUUGAACGCAGCUCCUUGUUUAUAUUUGCUUAAGUGUCGUGGACAAUAGUAUGUGGUUUCGUGGUAUUUCCCAUGGAAAUCUUUGAAAGUUUGCAGGUCACUGCUUCAGUAUUGAAUACAAGAUUAUUUGACCAUGUAUAAGUAGAACAACUUUUUCUGUAAUGAAAUUUAAUUGUUCACAAAUUUUUUUUAAUAUAUUGUGAUUCUGCAUUGAAUGGAGUACUUUGGAAGAUUUUUUUCUUAAUUAUUCUGUUUGCAGCUCACACUGUUUUAAUUGAAGACUCCAAAGUCAGAGCUCUGUAAUUUUUCAGUAAAUCUAUUUGUAUUGAUUUUGACCCAUCAUGACCUGAAAACCUUUAAUACAGGACAGGUAUAUUUAGCAGUUCCAUGCUCAAUGAAAAUGAAAACUUUCUGAAAAUCAUGUUAGCAUUGUUAUACCUAUAUUUUCGUAUCAUAUUUUUGUUGUAUUUUAUUGUAGACAUUGUUGUAUAAAUGGUUCCAAAUUACCUAAUACCUCUCAGUUACUGUUGCUUAAUUUCAAAUGCUGUCAAGGGAUUAAUUCUAUUUAGGGGAUAUUACUUGAGUGUCUUUUUCAUAUUAAAUUUAUCAAAUGAGUUGAAUAAAAUAAUAAUGCAUGGUUCUGCCGAGCAUUUCAUCAAUUUUAUUCAACAUGGAAAGACACAAAUGUAAAAUUCUUUGAUCACAUGUUAGCUUUUCGUGUUGAAACAUGAAAAUUUCUUCUUUCUUUACCUGUUAUAGACCAAGUAAAUUCGCCCAUUGUCUCCUCUUCUUAAAACGGCAUCAACGUCUAAGCAUUAUUACACUAAAGUGUAUUACCAAAUUUAUGUAAUGGCUUGGUAUGUAUGGUCCUUCAGGAUCAUUGAUUUCAACUCAUUUAGAUUUGAAGAUUGAAUACUGCUUAAGCCGGUGUUAGGGGGUGUUGGCAGUGUUGCAUUUUCCAUUACUGCUCAUGGACAGACUCCAUCAAACCGAGCCUGCAAUUUUCACUAUUUGCCUUGUUCUGGGUGCUUCCUAGGGAUCUACUUUCCAGAUUUUAUUUAUUUCAUUUUGGCGAUGUCAAACAUGUGAUUUAAUUAUUUUCAGCUGUAUUAAUUAUUCUCCAAAAAUGGUUUUGGUAUUUUGUAGGGUUUUGAAGAAAAGCAAAAUUAAUCUAUUUCCAGUAGCUGCAUUUGUCUUAAGAAAAAAUAUAUUUUUGCCAAAAUUUGUCAUUACCAAAUAAUGACUUCUUCGAGCAGUUUUAUGAGAAAGGCAAGAAAAGUACAAAAUUAUGGAACCGUCUUGUUUAGUGUUUGUAUCGUAGAUAGAGAUUACUUAGAGAUCAUUAUAAAAUGGCUAUCAAGUUGUAUAAAAUAUCAGAGUAAAAACUUGAAAAGUAAAA